AUGCUCUUCCACCUCUCCCUCGCCUGCGUGCUCUCCACAGCAGUCGCAAUGGCAUAUCCUCAAGCAUACUCGCCUCCAACCUACCCUCCUUUCGGCAACACUUCCCAUCCACAAUCACCACUGAGCAAUGCCGAGUUUGGUCUGCGCAUGAGAGUCCCAAAUCCAAUAAACCCGUACGCUGGACUGGUGGCCACCAAGAAUGGAACGAGCCAACAACUUCUGAUGGUUGCUCACACUCUCUCGGGCCCGGACACGGCAUAUGAUACGACUCCAGCAUAUACUGUUGGCACAGAGUCACUUGGGACUCAAAAACUCUAUGGCCCCAACUUUGUGGAGUUGAACCUGGAUGUGAAUGGCACUCAGUAUGGGCUGAGUACUCCUGACAUUGGCGGGAUUCACGGCAUUGCCUACCCUGUCACCGCAUCCGCAGGGUAUCAUGUCAAAGAAUGGCUCGUUGCCAGCACGGGAGAAGUCAAUCAUAAGCUCACUGCAGCCAGCCAGCAGUUUCUGGCCUGCAAUGCGACUGUCAACGGCAAGCAUGUGAUGAUUCUCAGCUGGGGAAGCUCUUCUCUGAACGGCACUUAUCCAUCAGGAUGUACGUCCACCUCGGUCUCGGUGACCUGCAACGUACCUGGAAGCCGAUGGCCUAUGUGUGUGACGAAGGGUUAAGCGGCCCUUUUUUUUCGCUGAAGACCACGAAGAAAAGGAACAGACGAGAAAAGUCAUCGAGCUGCACAGACGUUAUGAAGGUUGAUUUGAAGGAGUUGGGCGUACUUUUGUGAUUUGGAGACUGCUAGACCAGACUCUUUUCAUUCUUUCCACGACCACCUAGGUGACAUGAGCUGGCUAGACAGACUCAGUGAUAUCAG